GGCUGAUGUACCGGCUGGACGAAGAAGGGAUGGGCGGAAAAGAUACCAUCGUGAUAGGCGGCAUUUGAGGUUUCGAGAGUGGGCUGCUUCGAUGUCAGUCGAUGAGCAAUUGUGCCGUUUUUCCAAGCAGAUUGAGGAAGCUACGCUGGAUCAGUUGCCUGCAAUUAUAGACCAAGUAAGAGACGAGAAGUAUGCAGACAUACAGUUGGAUAUUAUCCGCAGUUGUCUCCGUCGUGUCUUACGAGAUGGUAGUUCAGGUGGCCAUUUUGAGCCGAGAGAUGCACAAGUUCAAGCCAUGCAUCGUCUGGUCUUUAUUGGUGGUGAUACUCUCCUCAUUGCUCGUACCGGUUUUGGAAAGAGCAUUAUUUUCCAUACUUUUUCAAUUCUGACUGGCAAGAUCACACUCCAGAUCAUCCCAUUAAGUAAGCUAGGCGAAGAGCAAGUUGAGAGUAUCAAGCGCCUUAAUGGGACCCGGCCAUGUCUACUUUCAUAUGAAAGUAAACAGGCUGAGCAGAACCUAUUAAGUCAGAUCAGGAAUGGCCAUUUCACACAUAUCCUGCUUGGGCCUGAGCAGGCGGCAUCUCGAUCAUUCCGUCGUGUGCUGAAGGACCAUGAGUUUCGGUUUCAGGUUGGCUUAGUCGCGAUAGACGAAUGUCAUCUUGUCGGUCAAUGGGCCGAGUUUAGGCCUCAGUUUACGAUGCUUGGAGAGCUUCGUAAUCUUCUGCCUGAUAGUACUGUCUGGUUUGCCUGUUCCGCUACUUUAAGUGAUAAAGCAGAACGUUCAGUAUUAGAUCGAACUGGGUUUCGGCCUAUUGGUAAUGGUAGGCAUCGGGCUGCGGUCAUCCGGACAUCUAUCGACCGCCCAGAUCUCAGCAUAUCUGUACAGCCAAUUGCUAGAGGGCAGAUCAACUCAUAUAAUGCCCUACACUUUCUGCUUGAUGAUUGUCUUGAUGCAGAUGGCCGUUUUUUACCCGAAAGGAUUCCAAAGACAAUUGUCUUUAUCGAUGGUCGCCGAAAAAUCGCAAAUGCUGUGCAUCAGCUUCGUUCCUGGCUAUCAGAAAAAACCUCGUGUGAUGAGAUAGGGUAUAAUACCACAGCAACAGCUACACCCCGAAGUCAUCAAGCUAUUCAGAUUAUCCAAGAGUUUACUGCGCGUGUGGCAGUACAUGAUCGGAAAGUUCGAUAUGAGGAGUUUGUGAAACCAGAAUCAACAAUACGCAUCAUGGUUGCUACUGCUGUGCUUGGUACAGGGGUAAAUAUAGCAGAUGUGCAACGCGUUGUUAUAUGGAACUUCCCAAUUGAUCGUACCCUAGCUGAGGUAUGGCAACGUUUGGGUCGUGGUGGUCGUGCACCUGGUAUGAUUAGCCAAGGCUAUAUCUUCCUGCCUUACUGGGUGUUUGACAAUCAAGGUUGCAGCCCUCUUAUACCAGAACAGGAUAGUCAAGGCCAUAUGUCGCGGGCUGGUCGGGGCCGCAAAAGCUAUCAUCGAUCUACCCAGUCGAAAUUGACUCGAAGUCGGCUACAGCAAAGUUUUACACCGGGUGACCUUAGUGACGCAGAUAGUAUCGAUUCCGCUAUGUCAACACAGCCUACACAGGUAGCUGAUACCCCAACCUGGACGCUAUCAGAUAUCAGAAAACGUACAGCUUUGAAAGACUCGGGUAUUGAGUGGCUUGAGAUGGUUAAUGCUGUUUGUCAUCGGAGGGCCUUUCUCACGUACCUUGGUGAGAAUAAACUUACGCCUAAUGCGGAUAUUACAACAGUACUAGCAGCGAAGUGUUGUACUGCCUGCAAUCCCAGUCUUCAUGGUGCUUUGUCUAUCGCACCACCUGCCGCGAAAGAUUUAUCGCGGCCAAAGGCAGGUUCCAUGGCUUGCUUUGCGCUUGAGAUGAUUGAAGAGUGGAUUCAGUUCCAGGCGAAUAAGAUAUAUGCGCAUGCUGAUCGACGGUUUGAUAUGCCUAGUUCGGCAUUUAUGGAAGUUGAUAUACAGUGGCAACUGGCAUAUCUAUUUCGGGAUCAAAUCGACCUCCUGCAGUCCUUAAGCUCAUUUAGAGCACUUGUGACUGCAGCGCCAUUACUCCAAGACUGGUAUUAUAAAGAUCAGUAUUGUCAGCAACUGACAGCUUGGAUUCAGACGAUUGUCCCAGUCGUCUCUCAAAGGUAUCUUGAGCACCGCCGGGGCGUGCGAUGUAAUAAAGGAGCAUCUCAAGGUCUAGAUGCUAUAGUGUCUGGUUCGGAUAUACCUCUCAAUCAGCAUGUGUCUGCUGAUUUAACAGAUACAGAGCAGCAAAGGCCAUCAACACCAUUGAGUCAAUUGAUCGGGCAGAUGAUCAUGUCCCCGAUUCAUAUGCCACCUGACUGGAGUCCUCUCAGUAUUGGUUCUGAGGCAGUCUCUCCUAGUAUUCUCGCAGCAAUGCAAACUCUCGAGCGGACCAGGCACCAAGCAUCUGAAGUUGCAGCUCUUCUCGCAUCCAAGUCUCCGAGAUCGCCAUCGCGUCCUAGGCCAGUACAACCAUAUGAGGCGCUAUCAGAGGUCUCAACCUCUAAACUGAAUGGUGUGCGGCAAUCAAGGCGUAUCCGGACACCAUCACGUAAGAUGCGUGAUAACUAACAUCUCUAAGGUUACACUGGGAUUAAAUUCGUGUGUUCUGAUUUGUUCAGGAGUUCGCAGGAGUUGACAUACCCUGUUAUUAUACCACUAUUAGAAUAGCAGUUUCUUACUAGCUCUCUCCUCUGUAUAGUAUUACUAUUUAGUAUCAGGUGUACCAGGUCUCUAUUCUCACCGGUGCUGUCAAGAAUGUAGUUUAUUAUUAGUUGUUGCUAUUGCUCUGUCUGGCAUCGUGGUUUGGUCUAGGGUGUCGCUGUUGUUCUGUCUGGCAUCGCUGAUUGGGUGUAGGGUAAUGCCGG